AGGGGGAGGAGGAGGGGCGGGAGGAGGGAUCCCGGCGCAGGAAGCCGGGCAGGAAGGAGCCCGGCGGCGCGCUUUCCUGGGGAAGCGGCGGCGGGUGGAGCAGCCGCGGCCGGAGCUGCCGCCUGGAUGGGUGUUGAGCAGUCUCCCUUAGAGCUUUAGAAGCUGAAUGGACUGAACAUGAAGAGCUUGAAAGCCAAGUUCAGGAAGAGCGACACCAACGAGUGGAACAAGAACGAUGACCGGCUGCUGCAGGCCGUGGAGAACGGAGAUGUGGAGAAGGUGGCCUCGCUGCUGGGCAAGAAGGGGGCCAGCGCCACCAAACAGGACAGCGAGGGCAAGACCGCCUUUCAUCUCGCUGCCACAAAAGGACACGUGGAAUGUCUCAGGGUCAUGAUUACGCACGGCGUGGACGUGACAGCCCAAGAUCCUGCCGGACACAGCGCUCUGCACCUCGCAGCCAAGCACAGCCACCAUGAGUGCCUCCGGAAGCUCCUGCAGUCUAAAUGCCCCGCCGAGAACGUCGACAGCUCUGGGAAGACAGCCUUACAUUACGCAGCGGCGCAGGGCUGCCUUCAGGCUGUGCAGGUUCUGUGCGAGCACAAGAGCCCCGUGAACCUCAAGGAUCUGGAUGGGAACAUACCUUUGCUCCUCGCAGUGCAAACUGGCCACAGUGAGGUCUGUCGCUUUCUUCUGGAUCAUGGAGCGGAUGUCAACUCCAGGGACAAGAAUGGAAGGACUGCUCUGAUGGUGGCCUGCGAGGCGGGCAGCUCCACUGUCGUGGAGGCCUUAAUUAAAAAGGGUGCAGACCCAACCCUUGUGGAUUCUCUCGGACACAAUGCCUUACAUUAUUCCAAACUCUCAGAAAAUGCAGGAAUUCAAAGCCUUCUGUUAUCAAAAAUCUCUCAGGAUGCUGAUUUAAAGACACCAGCAAAACCAAAGCAGCAUGACCAAGUGUCUAAAAUAAGCUCAGAAAGAAGUGGAACUCCAAAAAAACGCAAAGCUCCACCACCUCCUAUCAGUCCUGCCCAGCUGAGUGACGUGUCCUCCCCGAGGUCAAUAACUUCAACACCAAUUUCCGGAAAGGAAUCAGCAUUUUUCGCUGAACCACCCUUCCAGCAGGCCGAGAUCAGCUCCAUACGGGAGAACAAGGACAGACUGAGUGACAGCACUACAGGUGCCGAUAGCUUACUGGAUAUCAGUUCGGAAGCUGACCAACCAGAUAUUCUUGCCCUAUUACAAGCCAAAGUUGCAUCUCUAACUUUACACAAUAAGGAAUUACAAGACAAGUUGCAGGCCAAAACCUCCAAAGAGGCAGAAGCAGACCUGAGCUGUGACUCUUUCCAUUCCACGCACACUGACCUGGCCCCGUCUCUCGGGAAACCUCGGGAACCCUCGCCCCCCAACUCCCCGAGGCAGCCCCCCGCCGAGGGCGAUGCCAGAGGCCAGCAGCUCCCGGAGGCGCUGCGGGACCUGCAGCGGCGGCUGGAGCGCUCCGAGGCCGAGAGGCGGCAGCUGCAGGCCGAGCUGCAGGCCCGGGGGCCGGAGCCCGGGCGCCUGAACACCCCCGAGGUGUCCGAGAACGGCUCGGACCUCAGCCAGAAGCUGAAGGAGACGCAGAGCAAGUACGAGGAGGCCAUGAAGGAGGUGCUGAGCGUGCAGAAGCAGAUGAAGCUGGGCCUCGUGACGCCUGAGGGCGUGGAUUCGUACUCGCACGGCGGCGGGGGCCUGAGGGUCACCGAGGAGGAGGUGCGGGCGCUGAAGCAGGACCUGCAGGCCGCCCUGGAAGAAAGCGAGAGGAACAGGGAGAAAGUGAGAGCGCUGGAGGAGAAGCUGGCGGAGAGGGAGCAGGGGCUGGGGAGCCGGCCGUCUGAGGAGGAAUAUGAGGACAUGAAGAGCUCCUAUGGCUCCGUCAUCGAGACUCUGAAUAAGGAGAAAGCCCUUCUGCUCGAGAGAUACCAGGAGGCCCAGGAAGAGAUCUCGCAGCUGAGAGAUGCUCUGCAAGGUCCGACGGCCCAGGAGCCGGGCGAGGACCCCGGGGACAUGAAGGAAGCCAUGCACAGAAUGAUCGACGAGCUCAACAAGCAGGUGAGCGAGCUGUCGCAGCUGUACAAGGAGGCGCAGGCCGAGCUGGAGGACUACCGCAAGAGGAAGUCCUUGGAGGACGUGUCUGCUGUCGAGUCUGUCCCCCGCGCCGAGCACGAGCAGCUGGUGCAGGCGGCCCGGCUGGCCAGGGCGCAGGCGGAGGAGGCGCUGGCCGAGGCCAAGGCCCAGCACGCCAGGGCGCUGGGCGAGCUGGCCCAGCUCAGGCAGCUGGCCGACGCCCAGAAGGAGAACUCGGUGUCCAUCUCGGAGCACCUGCAGGUGGUCACCACGUUGCGCUCGGCCGCCAAGGAGCUGGAAGGCAGGCUCGGCGGCCUCCAGGAGCUCCUGGCCAGCCGGGAGGCGGAGGUGGCCAAGCUGGAGAAGCAGCUGGUGGAGGAGAAGGCGGCGCUGGCCGAGGCCAUGGUGCCCAGGCCCGCCUACGAGAAGCUCCAGGCGUCCCUGGAGGGCGAGGUGAGCGCCCUGGCCUCCAAGUGGAAGGAUGCCGUGAAGGAGAAGGAGAAGGCCCAGGCGGAGGCUGCCCAGCUCAGGGGCGAGGCCAUGCAGCUGAAGAGGGAGAAGGAGACGCUUCAGAGCCUCCUGAGAGCCAGAGAGCAGGAGGCCGGGGAGCUCCUGCCGAGGCUGCAGCGGGCGCAGGAGGAGCUGGCGGAGCUGCGGCGGCACUCGGAGAGCACGUCCCGGCUGGAGGAGGACAAGGACAGGAAGAUCCACGAGAUGUCAAAGGAAGUCACCAAGCUGAAGGAGGCCCUGAACAGCCUCUCGCAGCUGUCCUACUCGGCCAGCUCCUCCAAGCGGCAGAGCCAGCAGCUGGACGGGCUGCAGCAGCAGGUCAAGCAGCUCCAGACCCAGCUGGCUGAGUGCAAGAAGCAGCACCAGGAGGUCAUAUCGGUUUACAGGAUGCAUCUUCUGUAUGCGGUGCAGGGCCAGAUGGAUGAAGAUGUCCAGAAAGUUCUGAAGCAGAUCCUCACCAUGUGCAAGACCCAGGCCCAGAAGAAGUAGAGCGGGUCCUCGGCCGGACGCUGCCCCCCCCCCCCCCCGCUGUCCGUCUCGGGUUGGAUCGGAGAUGUUGGCCGUCACUGCCGUUGUUCUCGCCCGCGGUGGGCACCAGGGGGCUGGCCCGGGAGAAAACUGCCCCCCAGAACCGCAGAGAGACCGGACAGCAGCAGAGGCGAGAGGCACCGUCAUCGCCGCCAAUGCCCCAGCCGGGGGCCGGCCGUGCCGGGCGGCUGGCCCUGGUGCUGGGCCCGGGCACCGUCACCCCUGAGCGAUACGUGGUCCCCUCCACGCAGGAACCGCGGCCGGGGUUCCUCCACGCUGGCUGCCGUCCAGCACAGGGCAGCUCCCUUUGGCCUCUGGGUUUCAGUCCGCAAACAUGGUUUGACUUCUGACCAGAUGAGUGCAGGGCUGGUUAGGCGGUGCCCGCCCGGGACCCUUGACGUCCGUUCUGUGGAUCUGAAAGUGCCGAUUCCCUCUCCCCCCCACCCCCCCGUCUGCCUUAGGCGGCUUGUCCCCGCCCAGUCGGAGCCGGAUGAGCACGGUUAACUAAGACACGAAGCUCAGAAACAGAAGCAGAAGCUGCCUGUAGCCGGCGUUCGGUGAACGGGCGCUGCACGGCCGCUCUGCUCACCUGCCUUCGGCCGCCUCCCGGAGCUCAGGAAGCCCGGCGUCCGUGUUCGACGGGGACCGCAAGCCGCGUGUUUACAGCCAAAGGAAGGCCUCAGCGUUCCUAACCUCAAUUUUCUAAAAGUGUUGUUUUUUGUUUUUUUUUUCUCUUCUCUACAAUAUUUUUAUGGGCUCUUAAAGAUGUUUUCCUAUUGAAACCCCUUGCAUAAGGGAAAUUCACAUAGACUGUCUGAACAAGGUAUUUUGUAGGUAACCAGGCGUAAGACUUUUUAGAAAUAGGACUUUUUCCGCAGCGUUCUCAGCGAUGGCGAAAGGUAGUUUUGUAUGCCUAACCCGGUGUGAGCUGCCAGGCCCCUCAGAACUGGGGCGUCUGUCUCUUAAGAGAGUGAACCCUCCUGUGCCCAGCGAAUACCUUAGAAUGCCCGCUCCGUGCCCAGAGGCUCUCUGGAAGGACUGUCAGUCACAGCCCGGGUUCCAGCUUUGAGACAGGAACCUCGAUGUGGUAACCAUCGGGAUGCAAAGCUAAGGCCUGUGGGGGGGAAUAGGUCUGUUCCCUUUCUUUACUUUCAGGGUUUGUUUGUUUUUUAAAUUUCUAACUUUCUUGCAACUUCCCUGCCAGCAUGGCUCUUCCUGCGGGAUGUAAACAACACAGAACUCUGCCGAGUGUGUGAUGAACCACGCGGGCCUGCUCCGACAGCGCCCGACGCUGGGCCUCUGGGCCGGGGCCUAGGGAGCGGGCCGCACGGGGUGCCAGCCGGUGACAGCAGAGCACAGACGGCUUCCAGCUCUGUGUCGCUCUUCUGCGUUGUUUGUAGUCCAGCAGCUUGGAGAAUGCUGCAGAGCAGUGUGAAAGGGCUUUCCACCACAGCACUUAGGGAAACACAGAACACACACACACACACACACACACACACACACACACACACCCCGCACAGAAGGCUGCAGAGCAGGAGACCUGAGGGACUGGGAUGCUUGACAAGCACAGCCUUCCGUGGGGUCAGGAUGCAUAUUUAUUGCAGGCUCUCUGGCUAACUGUUGGAACGCCGAACGCCAUAGGUUAGCACGCUGCCUUUGUGAUGUAACGAGGGUUUGACGGAAAUAAACUUUGGUUCCUUUUUGCA